CUUCGCAACAAAUCAUGAGACCAGGAGCCGCUUUCUCCCAACAAAAUCCGGCGAAUUCGCCGGCGGCGAGCUCCGCCGCCACCCUUCAUUCCGCUUGGCACUCUCCGGUACCUUAUCUCUUCGGGGGGCUCGCCGCCAUGCUCGGACUGAUUGCCUUCGCCCUUCUCAUCCUCGCUUGCUCCUACUGGAAGCUUUCGGGGUACCUCGAAGGCGACGGAGAUAGCAACCCUCCGGCGGCCGGAGAGGAGGAGGGUAAGUCCGGCAACGGUGACGGGAAGCUAACGGCGGCGGUUUAUGAGGAGCGGAUAGUGGUGAUCAUGGCCGGAGACAAGAAGCCGACAUUCCUCGCGACGCCGAUGUCCAGCCGAGCGUCGUCUUUUGGGGAUCGAAACGCCGGCGGCGACGCUGGGGGUGACGUUAACGGUAACGGUGACGGUGACGGUGCAGGUAAGAGUGAGAAUGGAGGGAGUGUGGGGACAGGAAAUAGGACCGGAGAUGAGGACCAGAGGGAAUCGAGGCAUCGGGAAUAGAAGUCUAGUUUUUUUUUUUUUUUUUAAUUAAACGGGGAUUGUAAAUUUGAGGUGCAAUGGAAGUUAAGUUCGUGGUGAAAUAUUU